UUCCGGUGUGUAGGAACUGCAUCAACACUGUCAACAGAGGAAAUACAUUGUCAUGGAGUUUAUUGUUGAUUUUCUAAGAGUUAAAGUUUUUAUUUUAGCGUUAUUGAAAUGAGACACUGUAACUGGACGUAUGCACAGAUGGUACAGUGUAUCUCGGAACUUUCGCUUCCUCGGAUUAGGCAUGCAUAACGGUAGGUUAGCAGGCCGGCACACAUGUCCCAUGGAGAGGAGAAAAUAACCCCGAAGAGGAGAAGGAAAAAGAAGACGUCUCUGUUGCCCGGCUCCUAAAGUGAUCAAGCACCCUCGGAGAGAGGGAGAGAGAGAGAGAGAGAGAGAGAGAGAGAAAGAUAGAGGGUAAUAAAGACAGAGGGAGAGUGUAAGGAGGAGGAGGUAAGGAAAGAUCGAAGGGGGAAAGAGGGGGAAACAGAAACAAAGCAGUGAAACGAGCAAACAAUGGCUUUCUUGGACAACCCAGCCAUUAUCUUGGCCCACAUCCGGCAGUCCCAUGUGACCAGCGAUGACACGGGCAUGUGUGAGAUGGUGCUAAUCGACCACGACGUGGACCUGGAGAAGUGGCAGCUGGCCUCGGUGCCCGGCAGCAGCGGGGGUUCACUGGGUUCGGGCUCCCUAGGCGAAGGGGGCAGCGGAGGGGAGAACCCGGGCUGCGACCUCUCCCAGUCAUUGGACAUCACCUCCAGCUGGGACUUUGGCAUCCGCCGGCGCUCCAACACAGCUCAAAGACUUGAACGGUUAAGGAAGGAGCGACAGAAUCAGAUCAAAUGCAAAAACAUUCAAUGGAAGGAGAGGUCGUCCUCGCAAUCAGCGGAGGACCUGGGUUCCCUGUUUGAGAAGAGGGACUUUAAAGAUAGACCCAGGAACACUGGUACCAAGUCGACCCUCUCUCUCCGGCUCGAGCAAUGUCCCCAGCAGCUCAACAACCCUUUCAACGAAUACUCCAAAUUCGACGGCAAGGGCCACGUAGGUACAACCGCAACCAAAAAAAUUGACGUCUACCUCUCGAUGCAGUCUGCACAGGAGAAACUGCAUCCCAUGAUGGUGGUGACCAUCGCCAACGCUCGGGUCCACGACCUCAUUGGCCUCAUCUGCUGGCAGUACACCAGCGAGGGCCGCGAACCCAAACUCAAUGAGAACGUGAAUGCGUACUGCCUCCACAUAGCAGAGGAUGACGGGGAGGUGGACACGGACUUCCCCCCUUUGGACUCCAAUGAGCCCAUCCACAAGUUUGGUUUCAGCACUCUGGCCCUGGUCGAGAAGUACUCGUCCCCCGGCCUGGCCGCCAAGCAGUCCCUCUUUGUCCGAAUAAAUGCUGUCCAUGGUUUCUCUCUCAUCCCAGUGGACAGCCUGAAGGUGACCAUGAAGGAAAUCCUGCAGAAGGCGCUGAAGAAGAGGAAAGGCUCUCAGAAAGGCUCUGGUCCCAUGUACCGUCUGGAGAGGCAGACGGAGCCCAACGUGCCCGUGGAUCUGGACUGUAGCCUGGAGAGCCAGAGCACCCUGGAGUUCUGCCUGGUCAGGGAAAACAGCUCCAGAGGAGAGGACAGUUCAGAGGAGGAUCCUCCCAUGGACAUCACCACGGUGCAGGACAUGCUGAGUAGCCACCGCUACAAGUCCUUCAAGAUCAGCAUGAUCCACAAGCUCCGUUUCACCACUGACGUACAGCUCGGCAUCUCGGGGGAGAAGGUGGAGAUUGACCCCGUCACCAACCAGAAGACCAGCACCAAGUUCUGGAUCCGACAGAAACCUAUCUCCAUCGAUUCAGACCACCUCUGUGCCUGUGACCUUGUGGAGGAGAGGAGCCCCAGUCAUGCAAUAUUCAAGCUCACAUACCUCAGCAACCACGACUACAAGCCCCUGUACUUUGAGUCUGAUGCUGCUACUGUCAAUGAGAUCGUGCUUAAGGUGAACUACAUCCUGGAGUCUCGGGCCAGCACGUCGCGGGCGGACUACUUUGCCCAGAAGCAGCGUAAACUGAGCCGGCGCACCAGUUUCAGCUUCCAGAAGGAGAAGAAGUAGAGGAUAGACCCUGGAGCCACUGUCUGGACCCUGGAGCCACUGUCUGGACCCUGGAGCCACUGUCUGGACCCUGGAGCCACUGUCUGGACCCUGGAGCCACUGUCUGGACCCUGGAGCCACUGUCUGGACCCUGGAGCCACUGUCUGGACCCUGGAGCCACUGUCUGGACCCUGGAGCCACUGUCUGGACCCUGGAGCCACUGUCUGGACCCUGGAGCCACUGUCUGGAGCCACUGUCUGGAGCCUGGAGCCACUGUCUGGACCCUGGAGCCACUGUCUGGACCCUGGAGCCACUGUCUGGACCCUGGAACCACUGUCUGGACCCUGGAACCACUGUCUGGAACCUGGGGCCACUGUCUGGACCCUGGGGCCACUGUCUGAAGCCCGGACCGUGGAGCCACUGUCUGAAGCCCGGACCGUGGAGCCACUGUCUGAAGCCCGGACGGUGGAGCCACUGUCUGAAGCCCGGACGGUGGAGCCACUGUCUGAAGCCCGGACGGUGGAGCCACUGUCUGAAGCCCGGACGGUGGAGCCACUGUCUGGACCCUGACUGACUUCACUCUCACAGCAGAGGGCCAAGGGAGAGAGGGAUGGAGAGAGAGUGAAGAGUGUCACAGUCAGCGAUAUAAUAAGAGUCAGAGAUGAUGAGAAAUAAAAAGCGAGGGAGAUCAAGGCCGCAGGAAGAUGUUUUUUUGUUCUCUGCUCAUACAGUAAAGGCCUAGUUCACUAAUUUUGUGGGAAAAAUAUAUUUUAUUUAGAUUCAUCAGGGGGCGCUGUAGCACCCUCGACACCCUUACUUCUCGCGGCUAUGAGGGAGAUCCAUCUUGAUCCUAGAUAAUUAAGAGCUGCCUCCUAAACUCCCAUGUCUUCACAGAAGGGUCUCCACUCGUCAGCCAUAUCAGAGCUAAAGUUCUCUGCCUGCCCUUUGUCCUUUUAGGAAUACACAGACAUAGAAAACAAGAAAAGGCAGGACUUGUAAUCCCUAUUCUGAAGGAGAUGAAGGAAUACAUCUCACCCCCCUGUUAUUGUCAAUCCCAUGAACUCUGGAUGGAUCAGAGGACCACGGUGUUGCUUUAACACCAGUGUCAAUCAACGAAACCUUGUUCAUCCACUGCCUACAAAUCAAUUCUACAUUUGAGAGUUGAAUGCAUACCGAUGGCUCGAGUGAAAACCGAAGCCAUCAGGACCCAGAAAAUACUAAAUCCCCCGCUUCUUCUCUAUGUAUGAAGACGUAAACUUAAUCAGACUUAUGUUGUACAUUGGUAUGUAAAGGGAACAUCCUUACAUUUUUAUUUGUAUAUAGAUAACGAUUACAUUCAGGGUUAAUUAAAUGAUAUGAUGAAACCUGCUUUGGCCAUAGUACAUUCAGUGCCUGAAACCUUUAAAAUAGUGGCUCACUACCAAUCAAUGCCAGUGCUGCUGAGGUGCUGUGAGGGUUUUUAAAAACACGAGCAAGACGAGUACAUAAGGAAGGCAUUUCCAUACUUUUGAGUCUGAAAGAAAACUCUCAAAACUACUUCUUGUGAACUAAGGUAGCAAGGGGUUAGGAAGGGGUACGACCUGACAGAUUUUUAUGAUUUCAAACAAACAAAAAAAUGUAAUUAUUACCUGUACUUUUUACUGUGACCCUAUACAAUAAUUUGUUUUCCUGCGUUGUAUCUAUGGACUGUAAAAUAAUUAAUGAAGCACUGUCUGUUGAACAGAUCAUGUUUGUUCAGACUGUCCCGAUGUGAGGCACAUAGGGAAUGUAUGACUUUUUACAGCAUUUUGUUGAUGUUGUUAAUACAAUGACAUUAUAUAAAUUCUGCUCAUA